AGGGGUGGGCCGGGCCGGCAGCGGCCCGGGCGCGCGUGGAUGACGUCACUCGACGCGGCCGGGGUAGCCCGUGGUAACCCAGAGUCUGCGGAAGUGGAGACCGGUGGGCAGGCGACUGAGACAGGGGACUGAAAGAGCCAUAAUUGUGACAUCAGGUGUUUUUUUGGUAAGCGGCCAUUUAUGAUUCCGGAAGAUUAAGGCAGCUAGGAAGCCCCUUCUGAGAUUUUAACAAAGCUCUCGAACAACAACCAACGCCAUGGACACAAAGCUGGACCCUUCCCGGGAUGACCUACCUCUCAUGGCCAACACCAGCCACAUACUUGUGAAGCACUAUGUACUGGAUUUAGAUGUGGACUUUGAAAGUCAAAUCAUCGAGGGCACCAUAGUGCUUUUCUUUGAGUCUGGAAAGAAACAGAGUGGGUCCACCAAGGAACCCUGCCGAUCAGAGUCAAACGAAGCCUGCAGAUUUAGGAUGCCUGAACCCUGCCAUAGUCCUGUGACAGAUACAAGGACCUUCUCCUCUAAAACAAGAUCUAAUGAUUUUACAAUCUGUGGUAAAGGUGAAAAAGAUACUUCUGGUAAAGAUGGUAACCAUGACAACCGGGAACAGGCUUCUGGGAUUUCUAGCUCAAAGUACUGCUGUGACACAGGGAAUCAUGGGAGUGAGGAUUUUUUGCUAGUGUUGGACUGCUGUGAUUUAUCUGUGUUAAAGGUUGAGGAGGUGGAUGUUGCUGCUGUGCCAGGUAUUGAAAAAUUGACAAGGUCUCCCAAGCUCACAGUUGUUUCUGAGGAGCUCAGGAAUCAGAUUGUGUGUGAACUUGUGACUCUGCCCGCAGAUCGUUGGAGGGAGCAGUUAGACUAUUAUGCUCGUUGCAGCCAGGCUCCUGGCUGUGGGGAACUCCUGUUUGACACUGACACUUGGAGCUUGCAGAUCAGGAAGACAGGGGCUCAGACAGCUACUGACUUUCCUCACGCCAUAAGGAUACGGUACAGCACCAAACCCCAGGGGCGAUCAGUUACCUGGACCUCAGACCAGAGUGGCAGGCCAUGUGUUUAUACUAUGGGAUCUCCCAUAAACAACAGGGCCCUUUUUCCCUGCCAGGAGCCACCCGUUGCCAUGUCAACAUGGCAAGCUACAGUUCGAGCAGCUGCAUCUUUUGUUGUUUUAAUGAGUGGGGAAAAUUCUGCCAAGCCAACACAGCUUCGGGAAGGGUGCUCAAGCUGGCAUUACUAUGUAACCAUGCCGAUGCCGGCCUCCACCUUCACAAUCGCAGUGGGAUCCUGGACAGAAAUGAAGCCAGAGACCUGCUCAUCCAAUGAUCUGGCAGCAGAGAGAUCUCUGUCACCUUCCGAGGCCGACUUCAGGUAUGUUGGCAUUUGUGGUCACAUGGAAUACCCCUGCCGCUUCCAGAAUCCUUCUGCCACUAUCCAGGAAAUUAUUCCUCAUCGGGUCUUUGCCCCACUGUGCCUCAAGGGUGCCUGCCAAGAGACCCUUCUGCAACUGGUCCCUCCUUGCCUCUCAGCAGCACACCGUGUCCUGGGAACACACCCGUUCUCCAGGCUGGACAUACUCAUCGUCCCCGGCAAUUUUCCGAGUCUGGGGAUGGCCAGCCCACACAUCAUCUUCCUCUCUCAGAGCGUCUUGACGGGAAACAGCCAUCUCUGUGGGACCCGUCUCUGCCAUGAAGUCGCUCACGCCUGGUUUGGCCUAGCCAUCGGGGCCCGGGACUGGACGGAGGAGUGGCUGAGCGAAGGGUUCGCCACUCACUUGGAAGAUGUGUUCUGGGCCAAAGCACAGCAGCUGGACCCCCACGAGGCCCAGGAGCAGCAGGAGCUGAAGGCUUGUCUACGCUGGUGUCGUCUCCAGGACGAGGUGCGGAACUCCCCGGAGGAGAUGCAGGUGUUGAGGAAUCUGCUGGUCCCGUGCCUUGUGUCUGCCGGGAUAAUGUACUGGAAUAUUCAGCAGAGACUUAAUCAGAGGUUCUGGCUUGGCAGCUUGAACACACUGCAAAGACCCAAUAAAGAGAAGACUGGCCAUGUGAGUGACUCAGGAUCAUCUGUCGUCAAACAUGGGCUCAAUCCUGAGAAGGUCUUCAUGCAGGUUCAUUAUUUAAAGGGCUAUUUCCUUCUCCGGUUCCUUGCCCAAAGACUUGGAGAUGACACCUAUUUUGCAUUUUUAAGAAAAUUUGUGCACACCUUUCAUGGGCAGCUGAUUCUUUCUCAGGAUUUCCUUCAAAUGCUGUUGGAGAACAUCCCAGAAGAAAAAAGAGAUAUGGAGAGUGUGUGAUCUUUGGAACCUCAAGAGGCUGCAGGUGGGAGCCAGAGUGAUAAAGACAUCUCUUCUGGUCAGCAACAAGCUGAGAGGCACAAGUGGCAGAAACAGCUGAUGGUCAGCCCACCCAGCCUCGUCACUCCGCCCUCAGAUAUCAACUGAACAAGCAAUACCACAAGCGCAAUACCAUUUUCACACAUAGCCUGGGUCUAUUUCUAUGCAUGUUAACCUCACAGAGAGAAGAGCCAUUGCCUUUAAACUUUCUCAGCUUUAAACACAGCUUAUUUCUUUAGCCAGCAUUAUGCCAGGGCGUCCAGCAUAUUCUUUCCCCUGCCGUGUUAACUAUGUGUGACCACAUUUAUAGCUCAGAGGGAUUGGAGACAGACGCCUGAAAUGCAGAGUUGCCUUACAGGAUGUAGGAGUACAGAGAGGGAACUCUCCCAGCCGGAGGGUGAAACAACGUGCUGUUCCAGAUAUCCAGGAGGCCUGGGUAAUGAGGCAGAAGUACCGCUCGCUAGUACAAAUAUGGGGGCAUGCAUCGUGGGCCUGUGUACUUUUAGCUAUCUGUAUAAAAUCAAUUUCCAUAGUGAUCAGACAUGCAGAAGAGUAAUUUCCUGUAAGUCCUGGGUCCCAGCGAAGUGGAAAUGCUUCUGCUUGUUGUUGUGAUGCUUUAAGCCACAUGAUCUCAGAGGGGAAACAUUCACCACUGGCUUAGACUCAGUGUCUUGAUUUGAAAAAGCCAACUUUUGCUUUACCAUGGCUGUAUAUCCAAGUCCAGACCUAAAAAUUCACCAGCACUGUCACCUCAAUAAUUAUGACAAAACAGCAAAAACUAAGUAAUUGUCACUUUUUCCCUCCAAACAUGCAGUCCAUUUCUUCCUUGCAAAUGAAACAUUAUUGGGGCACCUGGCUGGCUCAGUUGGUAGAUCUCUUGAUCUUGGGGUUGUGAGUUCAAGCCCCAUGUUGGGCAGUGAGCCUACUUAAAAAAAAGUAGGCAUUAAUCACACAUCCCUUAUAACUUCUUUGGGAGGUAAAGCCACUUCUAGUACCUUAAAAAAUAAUGGUUUUUUUAGCAGCUGGAGUUACUGCUUUCAUCUUCCUCUCAUAGUUCAGCGUCCCAUUCCCCAUUAGCAAUUCCCAAAUACGCAUCAGUGCGGUUUGACAUCUGCAUGGCACUGGGAGUCGAGAAACCUGGGUCUUUUCUUUGGCCCUUUGGCCCAACUUUGGCCAGUCUUCUCAUGCUGCAGUUUCUCCAUCUGCUAGAAGCCACACACAACAAUUGACACCCACUUCACAAGGAUAUUAUGAGGAAUGAAGUGAUAAUGGUUAUAAGAUGCUUUGAACCUUUCCAGAGGAAAGUGAUCUGAAAACACAUGUUCUUUUCAUUCAAGGAAGAGUGUCUUUUGCCCCUGGAUGCAGCUGAACAAUGAACUCUCCUGCCCUCGCACUUUUGCCCCUCCUAAGGGUCUCUCCAUCUCUUUAGAACUGAAAUCGAAGGGCAGACAAACAGGGUGACUACAGCAGGGGCCAGGCCACCUUCAGCAGGAGAGACAUGAGCAAGAAGGCAGGAGUGUUGGGAGCAAGCACAGGCCCUUCUUUUCCACAGAUUUGCCUGCACCGAAAGUCACGACCAACAUAUCACGAUGCCUAGGUUCAGCAUAGAAAGAAAACCGGGGGCUUUGUAGCCAGGCAGCAUAGACUUGGAUCCCAGCUCUUCAAGCACCAUCUGUGUGGCCUUGGAUAAAUCCCUUAACUUCUUGGAAUUUGUAUUUUCUCAUCUCUGAGAUGGGGAUAAUACUAUUGGUCUUGCACAAAUGUUGUAAAGUGUAAAUGAGAUUUUCGCUACAGUGCCUGGUACAUAGUAGGUGUUCAAUAAAUAGUAGCUGCUACUUUUAUGCCUUUACUUGGUAGUGGACAGAGGAGUUCUUAUUUGCUUUGUUUUUGGUGCCAUGGUAUAGUAGGACCUGUGUGUGCAAAUACUAAAUAUGGCAAAGCAAAAUUUGCCUUAAUACUUUCCAACGGAAUAACCCACACAGUUGGCCUGGUCCAUUGUUCAGGUUGUAGACCGUAGCACAAAUUGUUCACCAGCAUGUAUAUUCAUUCCAUGGGGCAUCAUCCUGCAGAGAGCGAUGGGGCCCAGUGUCUGCACAUGGUCUCUCACUCAUCCAGUUCCACCCUCCACAUCCAUCCCCAGCACACCACGUCUGUCUAAUCCUCCUCACAUAGCCUCUCAUGUGAACACAUUCACAGCCUCCACUUUGGUCUCCCUGCCUCCAGCCUCUUUUCCCUCAGGUACUCUUCCUCGACUCCAUUUUGUUUGUGCCAUUCUGCAGCCAUAUUCAGUGCCUCUUUGAUGAAGCCCAGGCCCAGGGACAGGGUUUCAGCGUUCUCACAGGUUACCCCUUUUGUUCCCUCACCUCAUUCCGUGUGCCAGCCCAGGUGACCAUGGCUUUGCGCUUUCCUGCUUCAGCUCCCUUUACCUGCAUGCACUUUCCUUCUCUUUUACUGGUCCUGCUCCAUCACUGGGCACAGCACAGCCUUCCUCCAUGACGUGGUCCAAGCUUUGCUUCCUUUAGGAAGACUCCUGGCAUGCCUGAGUGGUGCAGUCAGUUAAAUCAAACUCUUGAUUUCGUCAUGAUCUCACGGUUUGUGGGAUCGAGCCCCGUGUAGGGCUCUGCACUGACAGCACAGAGCCUGCUUGGGACUCUCUCUUUCCCUCUCUCUCUGCCAGCAGCCUACUUGCAUGAGCAUACUCUGUCUCUCAAUAUAAAUAAAUAAGCUUCAAAAAAAAAGGCUCCCCUAACACACCUCCCACUGUCCUCCUUCUAGCUGUCGCACCUGAUGCAGCUGGUGCCCCUUCCACACAUAGUCCCACCUCUCCGCACAGGCCCUGGCAGCACGGUGACUAUGUCUGUUGUGUGUCCCUACCAGACAGGCCCCAGGGUUUCCAAUCUGAGCCUUCCCCAGAACCCUGUGCCCUAUAGAUCUAUGCAGGGAAUGAACGCCCGCCUGCAGGAGGCACUGCCUGUUCUUCAGUUUUCUCUGGUGAAGACUGGGCCUUGCUCAGUAGCAUUCCAGGACUCAACUCCUCAGCCCCUCCCCAUGCCACCCCUAACAACGUGGUUUUAAGCUAAAAUUCCCUGAAGGAAAUUUAUGUCCGUGCUCUUACUCCUCCACGGGGAGGCACAACAGCUGUUCGCCAUCUUUUGUAAAAUCACUCAAAAAUGGCCAUGAAGUCACUCCCAGACUUCUCUUCUUCAGGACAUUUAAUCCCAGUUCCCUUGACCUCCCUUGCGGAUCCAAUGCACUCGGCCCUUUGAUCCUCACUGCCACUCUUGUCUAAAUCCUUUCUAAAUUCCCUGUCUUCCUCUCAAGUUGUGCAAGGUUUAAGAAUGCCUGUUUUUCUAGAAUGCCACAGCACAACAGAGCUCAGGUCAGAGUGAGCCUCUUGCUUUGGCUUUCCUGAGUUCGCUGGAAGGAUGGCGACAGGAGCUUUUGGCCCCAGGGCUCCUGACCCAGGAAAGGAAGCAGAUGAAUGGGCGGCUUAGGAGAAGCUUCAGCAAAGCUUCUGGGAAGGAAAGACAGGAAGAAAGCAGGCAUGCCUCUCAAUCAGGACAGACAACUUAGAGCACCAGCAGAUCCCCCCCCCCACCCACAGUUGUUGAGGCCCCAGGGCAGGAACCCAGCACCACCAAAUGACCCGCCCUCCUGAGUGCCAGACAAGGUGGGAAUGGUCUGCAUUUGUUCCAAACGAGCAGGCCUUGCAUGGAGCACCUUGUCUUCAGUGGAAAUUAUACAGUCUCUGCCUUUGCAGCCCCUCACAUUUCCUUAGACAAUAAGACCACUUUGAGUUUCCUCAGAUACUUCUCCAAGAGGCCCCUUCAGCCCUGCCUACUCCCCCCAGCAGAUCAAUCAGGCCCGUUACAGGCAUUUCCAGCACUGCUCCGUGCCACCAACCAAGCUCAAAAAGGAACAGUGACCUGGAUUUAAGGUGUUCUGGGAGCCACCUCCUCUCUUCCAGUCAUCCACCCACCCCUGCCCCAUGUGCUGCACACACACACACAGGCACAUGAGUGCACAUGUGCAUGCACACACAUCUCUACACUCUCAUGGUCAUGAGGGGGAGCUUGGCCACUCACACCUGGAUUGAUGCUGCUAACUGGCCACAAAGAGGUGGGGCAAGGCUCAGGGACAGUGGCACCUGGUGGUACCUGCACACGAGGCACAUCCAAUAAUUCCACUGAGUCUGGGAACCUGGAUGAGCCCAGGGUGAGCAGCCUUGGGAGGUCGUCACUCUCCCCUUCUCCACCGCUGGCCUCUCCCCUUCCCCUGCUGUUCAUCCCACAGAUGGACAUCACCUUGAAAAUGAAUCCAAACCGCUUUGUCUGUGUAGUCCCUCUUGCCCCCUGUUUUGUUUGGAAAUACCAACAGCUGAGCCCUUCAGCAACCUUGGCUUUUGCACUGGCCCCGGGAAGACCAAGGCACCCAGCGACUUGCUUCUCACUGGGGAAGAAAAAAGAAGUGAAAAUAUCAGCCCGGCCCCCUCUUCCCCACCCCCACCCACUUUUCCCUCCUCCCUUUCCCACCACUUCCCAGCCUGGGAGGUGAAAGGAGCGCUGGCCUUCAGUACCCUCACAAUGCAGACAGCACUGUAUCUUUCCACAGCUUCUCUGCAACCCCUAAAGGGAGGGAGGAAAGGGAUAUUCUAUAUAUAUACAGUUUUUUAACGUUUUGGAGCCUAACACCUUGGGAAUCUCUUACUGGGAAAGGUAAUUUUUAAAUUAAAAGGGAAUAUUUCUUAUUGAGUCCACUGUGAAAUGUGUUUUCACUCAUUCCAAUAAAAAAUACCAGUGGGAAUCGUCUUACACCAGGAACUGGUCUCCGUUCUGGAUUUAGAGAAGUGAGUAAAACAGACAUUAGACCCUGAUCUCAGAGAGCUUCAACCCAGCGAGGGGACAGGUAAAGGGCAAGUGGUUAAAUAAAUGACAGUUACAAACUGAUGAAUGCUGUGGCGCAGGGGACAGGGAGCACAGUGGGUGUCACACACAGCCUGGGAGAGGGCUUGGGAAAGGCCUCUGCGAGCAGAGAUACGGGGCAUGAGUGGGAGUUAUCUAGAAGUGGGCUGGGGUUGCUUUAAACGUCAUUAGCCCAGGAAGACAGGAAGACACAACCUAAGGUCUCUUGACCCUAAAUAUACUGGAUAUUUCACAAAUGUAAGGAGUAUUCAAAUCAGCAGGACCUGAAACCAAAAGAAUUUCAGCUGGGGCGCCUGGGUGGCUCAGUCGGUUGAGCGGCCGACUUCAGCUCAGGUCAUGAUCUCACGGUCCGUGAGUUCGAGCCCU